GGGGGAGGGAGGGGGUGAGUUGCCUGGUUCGAAAGGGACUGAAAUGUCCUUCAUAUAAACCGGUGACAAAGUGGUGAGCAGCGGCCACACAGACAGCAGGAGACCGAGCACCGAGCAGCCGCUAGAUCCGCAGCGACACACCGGGGAGAAACACCCGAGAGGAAGCAACUCAUCCGAAGCAUUCAUCACAACACCGACAGACCUGUGAUUGGCUGUAGAGAUGGGUGUCACCUCUCGUCCACUGCUAUUGGCUGGAGUUUAUCUGUUGGCCGCUCUGAUUGGUGGAGCCCACUCAGAGGGGGUGUGUCUUCAAGACGCUAAGCACAAGGCCACGCCCAGUCCAGAGCCCAACCUGACGGAGUGUGGGCUGUACGCUGACAACAGCUGCUGCACCGAAGAAGACAUUCCGGACGUCUCCCAUGUCCCCUCGGCUCUCAACAAGAACAAACCCUGGGACAAGUGCGGUCCUCUGAGCUCUGAGUGUGAAGGUUUCCUGAAGCGAGUGUCAUGUUUCUACCGCUGCUCUCCGGACGCCGCGCGCUGGCCUCACCCUCAGAGACGCUCCUACAUCCAGGCGGUGCCGCUCUGCCACAGCUUCUGCAGGGACUGGUUUGACGCCUGCAGGAUGGACAUGACGUGCGCUCGUAACUGGGCCAGAGACCCCCGGGGACAGAACUGCACUGGAACCUGUGUGUCCUAUCAGCAGAUGUACCAGCACGGCAGGGACCUGUGUGAGAGUCUUUGGGGCGACGCCUUCCUGUCGGUGGAGGACGAGCCUGAAGACGCAGGAGAAACUGGAGGUGAAGGUGAAGGAGGGCGUCCGUGCGGCUGCCUGACCCUCAGCCCCUCAGAUAAAGAUGUGAUGGCCGCCCUCAGGGCUCAGCAGGAUGACCCAGAGGAGCUGGACACCACCAAGACGGGCCUGCCUCAGUACCGCGCCCCGUGCCAGACCAAGCUGCCCCCCCAGGCCCGAGGGAACAGGAAGGGGAACUCGGUGCUGCGCAAACGCUCACUGGUGGUCGACGACGUGGAGGGGAGUGGGAGCGGCUUGUAGAGAAAGAGAUAGAGAUAUAUAUAUAUAUAUAUAUAUAGGGAUUACUGUGUAUAGAUCUGUCUCUAGAAAAUGGAGUCGCUCCUCUAACUAACUCAUAGACACACACUGUCCUCAUCGUUCUACAUGUAAUCUAUGGUUUUAAAUAACAUCUGGUGUAGGAUAGACACUAACAACCAGGAUUCUCAGCCAGGAUUUAAAACCAUUAAAGGUGCGUUCACACCGGAUGCUAAGCUAAUAUUGGCAUCGCUUUGACCAUUUGUGUUUACUAACGUCACUCAAACUAGACGCAGUGGCGAGGAGGCAGGGCUUAUCUCCAGCUAGCCACCCACAAAAACAAGAUAAAGAUACAUACGUAAUACACAUAUCAAAGAGAUGUAACUACAUACUGAUACCGAUUAGUAAAAACCAUGAAUUAAUGCUUUGGCUUUUAUUUAAAUGCUUCACCAAUUCACCAUGCCAUAGACGUUAAUAAACACUGAUAUUUGUCCAGUUUCUGAACAGAUAUGAGGAGCUGUGAUCUCUGUGGGCUAACGUUUUGGUUUUCUGAUUCAACGUCAGUGAUGACAGGCGGAGAUUCUCAACGCUGAUUGGCUUUUUGCAAGUUGGAAAAAUUGAAUUAUACCCGCUAGUAAAUUGCACACGGGGGGUGCUAGUGAUUUAUCCGACCGGCCCACAUCGACAGACCGACCCACUUCAGUACCGACCCCAAAACUGCACUUUGCGUCCGGUGUGUACGCACCACAAAGGCUGAUUUAAAGGCAAAAUCCUGCAAGGGCUCUCACUUCGAAAAGUAAUAUAUUGAUAACAUCCCAUUAUAGCUAACCCUAGCCCUGAGAAAAUGAGGAUUUUAUCGUUCAAAAGUCAGGUAUUUUAUCAGCUCUGCUCAGUUCAUGAUGCACACGGGAAGUCGUACAGUAUUAGUGCAUGACUCAAACGCCAUUACCCAGAAGGCUUUACACUACAGUAUUGUAAACAUUACUCAUCUCCCUGCUACUCUUUUCAUCAUCUAGGUGACUUUAAUGUGCACUAGUCAAAUGUUAAAUGCAGAUGUGUUGUGAUGCUGUAUCGUGUGGUCUACAUGUCAUAGUGUAAGAAAAGGUAAUGAUAAUAAUGAAUGUAGCUUCUAACUCAAUCUGGCCUGAGCGUAAAGGGAUCUGGAACGAUAAUGACUACGGAGAGUUGAUACCUGAGGGUCGGUUUAAUAUCCAGAGUGAAUCCGCAGCGGCAGGAUAGGUUGUCGUAUAUCACCCGUGUACUGUGGAUGUCUUCUUUUUUUUAUUACUUCAUGUAUAUCUAGAGCGAGGCACUGUUAGAUGUAAAUGUUUUGUAAAAUAAAAAGGGAUUUUUGGUUUUAUGGACUGAAACCGGUGUUUCCGUGCUUUACGUUCUCAAUAAAGACAAUAUUUCUAAAUGCCAAA